AUGAUUGCUGCAUGUAAAAAUGUAUCUGCUUGCGAACAUGCAUGCCUCACCUCAUCCCCAACUUUUUCCGGAUUUCUCAAUUGUCUACGAUCAUCUAUCACAUUGUAUGACGAAAUUCAUCCUAAAUCCUCAACAGGGGUCUUCUACACAGACCGUCAAUUCCACAGGAAUGAUCCUCAAGGGAUCACGCCUCGUGAAAACUCACGGGGUCGCAGCAACACCAGAUACCACAACAACAAUCGCUACCCUUCUAAAUUCAAAUAUCCCUCCAGACACCGAUCACCAAGCUCCUCCAAAUCAUGCAUUGUCUGCAACAAAGAAGGCUGUUUGUCCAACAAACACUCAAAAGCUGAGCGUGAAGAAGCCUUUCAGCACCUUCAAAACCAAAAGAAUAAGUAUAACAAAAGAUACACCCAAUUUGUUGCUGAUUGUGGUCAGUCUGAAACAGCCAUCCCCGAAUCGAUUCAUCUAAGCCAACUCAUAUCCGACCUCGACCUCCCUGACUCCGAGGAAUUCAACGAAGUUUAUUUCACCAGGCUCGGGCCUAUCAACGGAAAGAAAUACCUCACGGAACUCAAUAAAAAAGCCUCCCUCUACGCCUUCACCAGUUCUACUAGCAACUUCUAA